AGAAAAACUAGUACAUCCACACCACAGGAUAAUUUUUUUUCUCUUUCAACAAAUCAAGAAGAACAAGUGAUGGAAGAAGAUAGAGAAUUUGAUAGCGUAAGCAAGCAAAUCGAUUUCUUAUUUAACCAAUUACAAUCCCUCAAACAGAAAGCUCCAUCAUUUGAGGCUAAGUUGGAAGAAAAAAUUACCAAACUUCAGCAUAUUUCAAAAGAUCCCACAGUUGAUGCAUUGAAUAUACAAGAACCUGUGGAUAGGUGUAUUGAGAGAUAUCAAAAUCAACUUGUCAAGAUCAGAAGAGUUGGACAGUUGGUUGAAACAAAGGAUGAAACUGAUUCAGGGGAAAGAAUCACUUCUUUUGUCAAUAUUCAGAAACUCGAAGAGCUGGAGAGGAUUAAAAGUCUUGAAGAUAAGUUGAAGAAGGAAGAAGAAAAAGUGUCUGAUUUGGCGACCAAUUUGGGGAAUUGUCAAUCUACCUUGCUAGAACUGUCGGCCAAAUUCGACCAAUUUGGGGAAUUCAGGUUUUCAUGACUGUCAAGAAGGCCUUGUUUCUUUCAAGCCACUUUAAUGGUAGUUAAUUUCCCUUUGGAUGCUGCAUAUCCUCGUACCUUGCUAGAAUUGAAUUUCAUUUUGCUCGGAGUUCAUUCCCUUUGGAUAAUAUGUUUGUUUUUUCGGUAAGACGUUUCUUUCAUUGUGUGCACCAAAACCUCAUGUAGUGAACUGGUAAUUAAUUCCUCAUAAAUGGGUUGAGGAAUUCUUUUACGGUUUAACAAAGAUUUAUGUAUUGAAAAUACAUUGUAACAGCAAAAAUAAAAACUAAACUCGAGUAAGAA